AUGGAAGCCAUCACUGAAAAACUAGUCGACAUUGUAUUUGGAGUGAGCGCUAUCUCGUUUGACAUUCCUGCUCUCGGUGUCAGUCUGCCCAUGUUGGAAAUACUCCAUGCGAUUCUCAUCAACUACACGUACCGCAAUGCACUUCGUGAAAGCCAUGCCUCGAUAGGGUGGGGACAAGGGUUACUUGCGACCAUAGUGAUGGCUGCUGGUGGAGGAUCUACGGUGGCUAUCUUGCGUGGCGAUCCCCUUGGUAUUCUCAAGAGCAAUAGGUUCUGGGGUAUCUAUGGAACAACUUAUUGGUUGAUGUUUUCGAAUCCAUACGUGUUUCAAUUUCUUCAAUAUCUGUUUUCGAUCCCAUUUGUUGAGCAACUCUUCACGGCAGCUGAUGGCGUUAUGCGUACCUCAUCCGUCAUUCGAAACGGCAUUGAAGGCGUGGCACUGAACCCCGAACUAGGCCAAGAUAAAUGGGUGGCCAAAAUCCUGUGUGGCACUCUCAGUGGCUGUGGCGGCGGUCUUUGGGUAGAUGCUUUCCGGUUAACCAGUGCCCAAUGGUCAUUCUCGACGCCUCGUUUGUUACAAACAGCUUCCAUUGAUAUGAAGACAGCAUUCACCACAGCUACCUUUUAUACAGCAAUGACCAACCCAACCGUAUGCCAAAUUCUCAAUCUCCCCUUGCUCAAACAAGAAGAGGUGUAUGCAUGGAGCGCCUUGAUCUUUGCUUCAGGCAUUGUUUAUCGCAGCUAUGCAUCUCGAUGGCAACAACAACAACAAAAGCAAAUCACGCCCGAGGAAGAGGAAAAGAAGGAUCAAUAG